AUGUCCUCCCCACUACGAACCUCACCUCAACCUCCAACCCUCGACGAUGAGAUAUCCGCCCUUCAAUCCAAGAUCACAACCCUCAAAUCCGCCCUCGCCCUCCAAGCCUCCACCCUCCUCACCAGCCCCUCCACCCUCGCCCUCCUGUCAUCCGACCCAAAACUCGCCUCCCAAUCCUCCCUCCACCAAUCCCAUCACCUCCAAACCCUCUACCGCACCUGCGCAACCCUCACCCUCUUUCGCGCUCAGGACCCCGACCCCAACGCCGUCGACGCUGGCUCCAUCCUCGGUCUGAGGAUAGAAGUUGUUUCGAGAGCUAAAUUUCUCAGGCCGUAUUAUGUCCUUUUCAACCGCCCCUGGGCGUCUUCCUCAUCCCUCCCAGGGCCGCAGAGGAAAUGGCUCAGGGUGCACAGACAUACUGUGCCAAGCUGUAUCCCCCUGUCUGGGUUAGCAGCGAGAUACCUCCCCUCGCCGGAUAAGGAUGAUACAAGGAGGAAGCAAGAUCUGGGAAAAUUUGCCAGGGGAGUGAGGAGAGAGGUGGUGAGGUAUCAUGCCAGGUUGGGGACAGUGGCCGAUUUGAGGAAGGCUGCUGGGUUAGGUAGGGGAGGGGAUGGUGGGGAUAAGAGUGGACUGGUGGAUAUCAGUCCGGCGGAUGCAGAGGUUAGGCAUGUGAGCGUUGAGUGGGGGGACGGGAGGACGGGGAGGUUGGUGAUUGGGGAUGAUGGGGAGGUGGAAAAGUUGGUGGUGGUGGGGGAGAAUGGGAGGGACAGGGAGGCGGGGAGGGAGUUGCUUGGGGGGCUGGGGCUGGCGGGGACGGUGAAGGCGGAGGAGGUUGUGAGGAGGUUGGCGGGGACGGGGGGUGCCUGA